AUGUUUAAAUCGGGACACGGGAGUUGGGACACGCGGGUUGCUGGCUAUGUUUCUAACUACGAGCUUUUUGUCCACAUUGGUGAAACCCUCGAUGGUAACCCGAAUAACAUCUCAAUCAAGCAAUACGAGGAUGAAGGAAAUAUUCUGAUCUACGACGGUAACUGGGUAUCGUGGCUGACUCCUGAAAGCUAUGCGGCUCGACGAGCAUGGACGGACGGCUUGAAUUUCGCCGGAACCUCUGACUGGGCGGCGGAUCUGAACACCACAUAUGGCAAAAACGGAACAGGAGACGAGCUCCCGACUGACGGGGAAGAUAAUUACCAGAUUUGUGAUUACGGCCGCUCCUUCGACGACCUUGAUUCUCUCAAUUCUAUGCUCGACACAGCCUACGCAAAUUACACAGCAGUGAACAACGGCUACGACGAACUCUACGGUUAUUACGUCAAGUACAUGGAGAAGUUGGUUCCAGAGGUUCUGUCCUACGAGUUCAUGUUCAACUUGAGCGAGACAGGAAAACAUGCUCCCACGCCUAAGCCGGGCAUCGGAAUGAAUUACGGUGCAACGUACGAGCUUAUUGAUGAGGAUGGUUACAAUGCGAAGCUGGGUGAUUUGGGAUUGGAGCCUGACUGGGUUGUGUUGGCUGACUACACUUACAAGUACGCCUAUGAAGCCCAGAGGUAUGGUGAAGUUGAUAGAGAAUGGUCAAUCCACAACUUUCCUACGAAGAAUGAAUCUAUGGAGGUGCCCAAUCCCAAAGAUAUCAUUACGAAGGGCCUUCCAAACAUGGAUGAUCUGAGGACUCAACUGUCAGCUACCAUGAUGGAUAUCAUGCUAGGUCAAUGGAUCAACGGCACCGCAGCCGAUGCUGUUCAGGUGUACAGCGCGCCAAUAUUCUUAAUGAUGCAGGCGGUGGAUGGUAUGGCGCAAGUCAAACAGCUUGGUACCAAAGAAGAAGAGGAUGAGGAGGAUGAGGAGGCUGAGAGAAAGCGAAAGAAGAACUUCAUCCUCCUCAUCAUCAGUGUUGUUCUAAUGUUUGUACCUGUUGUCGGUGAGGAGUUUGCAGCAGCAGCAGGUUUAGCUACUCUUGCUCGCUCGAUGGCAAUUGCUGGCGAGCUUGCUAAUGGAGCGUAUGCUCUGUUCGACACCAUUGAUGAUCCCAGUUCCGCCGUGGUGAACGUGCUAGGGAUGUUAUUUGGGCUUGGUAAUAUCGCCAAGAUUGCUCGCGAUGGCAAGGGGAUUGCAUCUGCUGCCAAAGUCAGGACUGCCAUGAAGUCUUCAGAGGUUUCAUCUUUGGGGACAUCUUCAAGCGUAAUGACGAUAAGGUCCAGUCGAUCUUGA